AUGGUUCCCAUCAUUUUCAAUAAUACUCAAACUCCUAAGGGCAUCAAUAGUAAAGACCCUUUCAAUAGCCAUAGCCUUCAUCUCAUCAUUAUAACAUUAGCUAAGAGUAGUUGUAAAUUCUAAAAAAUAAUUAUGAUGCAUUGGUAAGCCUAGUUUGGAUUGAGUAACUACACCAAGUAAAUGAGCAUCAUGGAUGUUGAGAAAUUAGUUGCAAAAGCUUUAAGAUUCUGUCAGACUGAGCAGAUUUAGAGUUUCAAUACUAAAGAAUGGCAAAAGCAUAAUAUCAAGAGAGAGCCUCAUCCGCAAUACUAGCAAUAGUAGCACUCAUAAUAAAAAAUGGGAUAUGAUCAAUAAAUUCCUCAGGUGAAUAAUUCGGCUGCAGCAGUAUUAGGAAAGAGAACUCAACAAUAGAUGGUAAUCCAGAAUCCAUAAGACUAUCAUCAUGACCACAGCUACUCGGCUCCUUCUAAAUAGAUGAGUUAUCAAUAAUAGCAAGAACUCAUGCUAAAGAGGUAGAAACUCUCAGAGUCAAGAGAAUAGCACACUUAUGUUUCGACUAAUACUCAAUAUAACAAAUCAUAAGAUUCCUAUCAUUAAAAGCACCCAUAAAUGAUGUACCAAAAUAUUUCAUAGCAUACCUAAGUUUCGAGUUAAUCUCAACAAGUGCAUGGCCAACAAUAUUAUCCUCCUUAACAUUAACAAUACAAUGAAAGAGUUAUUGCUCAAAUGAAUAAAGGAAGUAUUCAAGGUUACAAAGAAAGCCAUUGGUAAAACUAAGGAAUGAUGUCUCACCAUUACUAGCAAACUCAAUAGAUGUUAAAUCCCUAAGCAGCUCUCAUGCAAACUCAGAUGAUUUAGAGUGCCUAUCAUAUUCCUCAGAGCAAUCAAGAAAUCAGCAAACUCAAAUCUAAACCUCAGUUAUCUUUUCAUACUCUGCUUGAUAGCUUUAAAAAAUAUAAGGAAAAUCUCAGAGAUCCUAAAGUAGUAAAUCUCUCAGAGAUUAGUCAAGGGGAUUUUGAAAAGUAAGUCGAUUUGAAUUCAAGACAGCAAGAGAAAAGAGAUAGAGUGGGCGACUUCUUUCUUCAAGUUAUAGAAAACACUUCAUGCAAAUUCAUCAGAACUCAAGAUGAGAGUUUAAUUCAAAUAUUAAAACCUGCAUGUGAUAUCUAUUAAGAGAAAAGAAAAAUGCAUGAAUAUAAUUAAAGUUUGGAAUAGAAGAAAAAUGAGGAAGAGGCAGAGGAGAACCCAGAGAUUUAGUACAUAGAUGAGGAGACUAAAUAAAGAAUUCAAAAGGAAUUUCAAGAGAAGGUAAGUCCUUAGUCUAUGGUUUGUGAUUUUUAUUAGAUUAAGAAAAUGCUCUAAAACAUGAUUAACCAGAGAUUUGAAAUCUUAGAGUACAUUAAAGAUGAUAUCAACUUCAGAAUUAAAGUUUAAAAUAAGGAAAGUAGCAUUAUCACUAAAACGGUGAUAUUAUUUAUUGACUGCGAUUUGGGUAAAGCUUACAUAAUCGAAAUAGCAAGAAUAAAUUCCUUGAUCGGAAGAGAAGAGCAUUCCUCUGGCCUGAAAAUUCUAUUUGAUAUAAACCAAUUAAGUACGUUAUUUGACGAGCAAUUCUUCAAUAAGUAUCUAAAUAAAUAAGCAUAACAGCCGCUUUUACCCGCGCAAAAUCAAGUUCUUGCAGCUCCAUCUGCAUCUUACGAUUAGACUAAUAGAUACUCUUAGCAUCAUGCGCACUAUGAAACCCCUAAGCAACCUCUAAUUCCACCAUCCUCAACCUAAAUGUCACAAUAUGAGAGAUCUCAGUGGAUUAACAAUGGAAGCAGUUCAUAGUAAUAGCCAAGUUACCACCCUUCAAAUUAAAAUCAAUAUAGCAAUUCAUAGUAGCAUCAAUAGUCUUAAUACGCUAAUUAAUAGUAGUAGCAAUAAUAGCACUACUAGCCAAGGUAGCCUCUCCUCAAAACGCAGCAUAAAUAUAUAAAAUAAGAGUGA